AUGCUGGCCCUCGUCGCUGGCAUCGCUGCGCACGGCGUGGCUGGCGCCGUCGCGUACACGUGCGUCUCCACCGCGUGGUACUCGGCCGGAGUCGCGCUCGCCUUGCGCGGGCUGCCUCCGCCUGCGGCUCGGCCUGAGCUCGCCUCGACGCCUCCCGGUGGCCUGCUGCGGCUGGCCCUCGGGCGCGUCGCGAAAGCCUACGCCCUCGCCUUUGCUGCGAGCCAGCUGUCGACCCCGUGGCGGGCUGCUGCGGCCGCGGCGUUGGUGCCGUUCGUGUCCCUCUUCCUCUCGCGCACUCGACGGCUCCUCGGCGCCUCGUCGCUCCUGCCCGCCGCUCUACUGGCUCUCGCGGCAGCGGUGGGCCUCUUCACCGCAGCCAUGGCGGCGCUGAUCGCGCGGGAGGUGGCGCUGCUGCGGUCGCUGCCGGCCUCGGAGCCACAGCCACCGGAGGCAGGAGGAGCUCCACGGGGGGGCCAGGCGGCGGAGGUACGGGCGCUUGACGGCGUGCAGGCGGCGCUGCGCUCGACUGCAGCGUGGCGGAGCGACGAGCGUAUCCCGACCGAGACGUGGCGGCGCUUCGUCGUCUACAACGCCGAGGCGGCCAUCCGGGACCUCGGCGUGGCGGACGGGCCGGGAGGCCAGUUCAGCCUCGUGGUGGACCGGUCCUCCUCGGGCGUGCGCAACCAGGACCCGGCGCUCGCCAUCGCCGUCCUCCCGGCCCUCGUGCAGCAUUAUCCCGGCCUGCUCGGAGAGGUGAUCGUGGCGCCCGUCAACGGCGUCUUCUGGGCCGUCUGGCGCGUCGUCUCGCUCUUCCUCGCGGAGGAGACCACGCGGCGCUUCACCUUCAUUCGAGGUGCGCGGUGGAGGGAGGCGCUGCUCGAGGCGGUGGGAGGCGACGUGGAGCUGCCCGAGCACAUGCGGCCCGCUGGUGACGGUGUGUAA